AAAGAUGUCCGAAUUCGGACCCACAAAUCUCUCUCUAUUUCCCUCUCUUUUUGGAGCAUUCACCGUUUUCUGACAAUCGUCCUCCGUAGAUCUCGCAACUUAACCUUAGAAAGAAAAAAACACAGAACUACUCUGUUUUGUGUUCUGUUCCUAUAACUCUGUUUUUUUCUGGGUUUAUCUAAUCUUUUUUCUUUCUCUUUCUUGUCCAAAUGACAACCAAAAUGAGCCUAAGAAUGUGAGGAGUUGAGUAACGUGUUGAAUCCAUUUCCCGAUCUGGGUAAUUCUCAGCUUCGGGAUUUGGAGUUCUAUGGGUUGCGUAAGCUCGAAAAAGUUGGCAUCUGCAGUUGCAGGGUCCCCUGUGGACCACUCUGCCGCAGAAGCUUCAACGAAUGACAAUGCUACCUUACACUAUAUUAUUUCAUCAAAAAAUCCAUCUGGGGCUCUUGAGUUGGAUCGAAAGGAGGAGAAGAAACAAGAGGAUCAUCAUAAUAAAGGAAGCCGCGAGUCGAGGAAGUUGAAGAAGGGAGAUUCUCAGAGGAAGAGUGGUACUUUUAGUAUUAAAUUGGGUUUAUCUCAUAGACAUGUAAAUGCAGAACAGAUUGCAGCCGGUUGGCCGGCGUGGCUCACUGCCGCCGCCCCUGAAGCUGUCCAUGGUUUGGUGCCUCUACGUGCAGAAGCUUUUGAGAAAUUAGAUAAGAUUGGACAAGGUACAUACAGCAGUGUGUUUAAAGCACGCGAAGUUGUGACUGGGAAGACAGUUGCGUUGAAGAAGGUUCGGUUUGACAAUUUUCAGCCCGAGAGCAUUAGGUUUAUGGCGCGAGAAAUAAUGAUUCUUCGCAGGCUUGACCAUCCAAACAUCAUUAAAUUGGAGGGGGUGAUUACAUCAAGAUUGUCAAGUACUAUAUACCUUGUAUUUGAAUACAUGGAUCAUGAUCUUGCAGGAUUAUUAACCGCUGAUAUAAAGUUCACUGAACCACAGAUUAAAUGUUACAUGAAGCAACUAUUGAAUGCAGUUGAGCAUUGCCAUUUGCGAGGUAUAAUGCAUCGAGACAUUAAAACAUCCAACAUUUUGGUAAACAAUAAAGGGACUUUGAAAUUGGGAGAUUUUGGAUUGGCAAAUAUUCGUUCAACAAGGAACAAGCAAAAACUAACCAGCCGUGUUGUUACUUUAUGGUAUCGGCCCCCUGAACUUCUGAUGGGGUCAACAAAUUAUAAUGUAUCAGUGGAUCUGUGGAGUGUUGGCUGUGUUUUCACAGAACUUCUCUUCGGAAAGCCUAUCCUUAAAGGGAGAACUGAGGUUGAACAAUUACACAAAAUCUUUAAGCUUUGUGGUUCUCCACCAGAAGGCUACUGGGGAAAAGCUAAGCUUCCUCAUGGAGACAUGUUUAAGCCCCAAAACAGCUAUGAAGGUUGUCUUCGAGAAAGGUGUAAAGAAUUUCCUGCAUCCACUGUAAACUUGAUACAAAAUUUUCUUUCCAUAGAUCCUAGCAUGCGUCGGACUGCCUCAUCUGCAUUGAUGUCUGAGUACUUCUUUACUACACCUUAUGCGUGCGAUCCAUCUGAAUUGCCAAUCUAUCCACCUAAAAAGGAACUCGAUGCUAAACACCGAGACGAAGCACGAAGGAAAAAGACGCGUGCUAGAUUGCGAGAGUCUGCUGCAUCCAAAAGACCGAGAAGAACUCGCCAAAGCUUGCAAGAACCCAUCAGUUACAAUAAAUUAGCAACAAACGAGGAACUGCAGAAUCAUACUCAUUUUAGUAACAGAAAUACUGCUAAUAAUGCACCAUUGUUAAAGGGAAGAGAAAGCUUUGCACGUAGAGAUUUACUGAAUCCCUCAACUGAUUUAAUAUCAGAGGCAUCCACGGGAAUGGUUGCAUCCCAAGGGGGCUCAAUCUUCAAAGGCCCGGCACAAGUCUCAGCGUCAAGUGGCUUUGCUUGGGCGAAAAGGCAAAAAGACGAUGCUAAAACCGUAGUUUCAUCUAGAAGUCAAAUAAGUACAAUAGAUUCAUCAAAUCUUGGCUUUGUAGACAACUCCUUCGGUAACUUGAUAAAAGAAGAAAAUCGAAAUCGUACAAAUCCUAAGGAGAUCGACCUGUAUGAGAAUUCUUCACUUUCAAUGCCAUUACAGCCAAAGCAAUAUGGCAGUACCAUUUUUUUUGAUGUAUUUUAUUCACAAGAUCAUGAAUUGGCAAUUUCUGACAAGGAAGAUGGAGUUGGUCAUAGAAAGAAUCCGAUGCAAGGAAACAUUGAAUUUUCAGGACCACUGUUAACCAAGUCUCUGAAAAUCGAUGAACUUCUGCUAAGGAAUGAAAGCAACAUCCGUCUAGCGAAUCGAAGAUCAAGAUUCUAUAGAGAAAGAUGAUACAGGAUUCUGGGAUUAGAAAAUCCUCCCUUGUCACCAGGAUUUCGACCCCUUUUGAGCUCGGACUCUUGUGAAGGAACUUAUACAGAUAAAAUACAACGAAACAGAACACAGAUUGCACCUCAGUUAUGUACUGCAACCAGAGAAUGUUACCUUUUUAAUUACUUGAAAAAAGAUCUCCAUUAGAAGAAAUAGGAGUAGAACAACCGAUUGCUGUAAACAAGAUGACCAUUUGCAGUUC